AGUGAUGUUAUGUUUGCGAAGCUAACACUUUUCUUCGAGUCGCAGCAACACGCACAUUCUUAAUGCAUUUCUUUCAAUCAUUUAAGUUUAAAGUACGUAGUAUAGUCUUGAAGCCACAGAAUAGUAUGCACGAAUCGUACGACUCGACGAUGUAAUGGUUGCACAAACGACACAGAACACCAGUCGGCCCCCUCCGUCGUAUAAUAACAUCGCGGGGGCCCUCUCACCGUCCACCAGCAACGGUGCUCCACCAUCCUAUGAGGAAGCCAUCAACCCCAAUGCACCACCACCAUCAUAUGAUUCACUCUUUGGUAGAGUACGAGAGGCUAGGAAAACAAGCAAAGGCAUCUUUGAUUUCUUUAAGAAUGUUUUCAUCAUAUUGCUUGGUGCAGUUGGGUGUACAAUAAUCUUGGGUGUAACAAUAGCUAUACCUAUAUGUAUGAUAGUAAUGGGUUCAAUAUAUCUCCAUGAAUGCCCACAAGGAGAAUACAUUCCUGUGUAUUUGCUGGUUGGGGGUAUAUUUGGUAUUCUCAAGCAGUUGUUACACUUGUCUGCAAGAGUAAGGGAAAGACAGGAGGAUAGAGAUGCUGAGCAUUUGAGACAAUCUCCCACACAAGCUCUACUUAAUUGUUUUAUGUUAGGAUGGUUUAUAAUAGGAUCUGUCUGGGUGUACAAAGAAUUUGAACCCAACUAUGACCCAAAUAAGGAAAACGGCCGCUACUGCAAUAAAAGCCUCUACUUGUUUGCUUUCUGGUUGAUCACUUCAGUUUACAUUCUUCUGGGUACAGUCACAGUGUGUUUGUGCUCACUGAGCAUCGCGAGCAUCAUUUUUCAGCCUCAGAUUGGUGGAAGCCAAAACGAUAUGUCCGACGGCCGAAUUGAAUGGUAAGUACAUUU